AUGCCUUCCUUCUACAAACCCCCUCCAUACGAACUCCUCCCAAUCAAAAAAGCACCCCGAAUGCCCCCCUCAAACGACGACUACAACCCACAAUCAGUAAUCAAGCACCUCCUCAUCCUAGCAAAGGCCACACAAACCAACACCAACGAAUCAACCUUCACCCAAUGGCGCGACCAGCUUAGCGCAGACCUCAAAAGUCUAGUAAGUCACGCCCACCUCCUCAAACCAUCCAACUUAGUCACCCUCCUACAGCACGGCCUCGUCACUCCACUAGAACACGUCGACGGUCUCCGGACCAAAAAUACAGCAAUCUGCUUCCCUGAUCGGUGUCAGCGUAUUGUCAAGAUUGCUAGCGGUCUAGCGGAGUGUUUAAACACCGAACUCCGGGAGAAAGACACCGUGUUCGAUGACGAGACUUGUGAAAAUAUCGCAUGGCAGGGCGAGAUGCACGGCGAGUCUGGGAGAUUGGCUCGUGAGCGGGCACUUACCAGCGCAUCUACACUUCGAGAAGAAAUAGAAGUCUACGGUAUUCCAAAAUCGAGAAAAGACAGAAAUGCUUCUUUUACCAUCGCUACAGACGGCGUUGUUACUAUUCAUGCUUCGCUCAAGGUUAAUAUGUAUAUGCUUGCUGCGGCUGUUGGAUGUCUUUCCCUUGCUGGGCGAGAUGGAACGGAUCAGUUUGCGGAUGAAGUCCGUAGUACCGUGAUGGAUGAUUUCGAUCAGUAUUUGUGCUCUGACGAUACUUAUUUACUCGUAUUUUGGUCUCGGUUUAGGCCUAGCGCGCAAAUUGCUGAUCGGUGUGGGUGUUUGCUGUGUGAUGAUGGUAUCUAG